UUUUGUGGCCUGACGUCUGUAAAAUGAAAUCAGCUUGUUGCCAUUUGUUUCACAGAAUGAAAGUUGCCGUGGAGUGAUACGGACUAAAUCCUCUUGUGUUUACAGUGAACAGAUUAAGUUGUAAUUGGUUUUAUACAUCGGUAAUAUCUUCGAAGGACAUAUCUUGUGGUCUUGGCAGAGUGCCAACGUAUGGAGGAUGAGGAGGAUGAUGUGUUUGAGCCAGACUCCUACUGCUGGCACACAGCCUCCAGGGAGAUAAAGUACGAGGACAGGGGCACCCAGACUCCCACAACUGCUCUGGCACUGCUCAAUGACAUGCUACCCUGCAGAUUGGACCAGGAUCCCAGACCACUGUUCUACGGUAACGCAGGCUUUCGAUUGCACUUUCCGGCCCAGUUUGAGUGCGUUGGAGACCCGGGGCCUCAGCAGCGUCCCCAGGCGGUGAGAGGGGGGAUGGAGCACCCCCAACAGCUGCCCCAGCAGCCAGUAGCCCGUUGCAUUGGACAGAAGCUCCAACUCAUUGGUGACCAGUUUCAUGAAGAACAUCUGCAACUGUAUCACAGAAACCAAAGGAACCUGAGGCCCCUGUGGUGGCGCCUGGCCUCGGCUCUGCUCACUCUGCUGUGGGAGCAGGAGGCCGUGGCUGGAGGCGGGAGAGCCGGGUGGAGGUGAUCCAGGAGAGCCUCUGCCUCUCACACGGACUGGCCUCCUAAUGGCACUCUCACAUUUUUACACGGGUCUUUUGGGAAAACUAGUAAGAGAGCAAAGGUCACCGCGGGACGGAGACAAGCAUUUUAUUACGAGAUUGAUUUUUUUUUUUUUCGAGAAGAUGCCAUGUUGUUUCACAAGAUUCCUCCACUGGACGAUGUCCGUAUUUUGGUAAUUGUGUGAUAUAGACUUUUGUACAGUAUGUUGUUCCUGUUGAAUUUGUUUGCACUUCUGUAUGUGUACAUCUUGAAAUGCCUCCAUGGUCCUGGUAAUGCCUUAUUAUUAAUGUCUUCUGCCUCAACCCAAUGACUGUUCACAGAAAAAAAAACAAGCAGAACAAAGCAACAGUUGGAGAAUCUGGGUUAGGCAAAGGAGAAGUUCAUGGACUUUCCUUUCUGAAGUUUCCAGGAAAUAUAUGGUCAAACUUGGUAAAUGAGGCAGUUUCACAGAAAAAAGCAUUUUGCACCUCAACUUUCUCCUCAGUUGUUUUGUGUAUACUGUUAUUUUUACAUGUUGAUAAGUCUUUGCUAUUCCAGUCACUUUCAUGUUGUGGAUUUCAAUAGGUUUUCCCCACUCUCACCAAAAAUAAUUAGAACAAAACGCGGAAACCCUGGUUUCCGGACACCUGGUUAUCAAUCAGAGUCUAUUUCAAAUGUAUCUUUAAUAUGUAUUGAGUGCCCAAACUGGAACCCAGCCACUGAAAGAUGAAUUGUGCUUUUAAUUUAAGUGUCAAGACAUUUAGGCCCUUCAUGUGGAGCUACGGAUCCACACUGUUUGCACUAUAUUACAUCAGUCAGCAGUAUAUUAUGUUACAAAGCCAACCCGUGUCAUGGAAUGAUUUUUUUAUUUUUUAUGCUAUGAUAUUUGAUGGUAUCAUUACCAUGUUUUCAUUCACAUGUCCAAGGAUGUAUGCGAGGAACUGACUGAAUAUUGACAGUUAUUAUUAGAACCAAAAAUCUACUAAGGACGCUGACAAAAAAAUCUACUAAGGACAUUUAACUAAAUGUCUCUUUGAAAUUCCAGUGUUUAUAUAUUCACUUGUUCUUUGGACACCAAAGCAAUACUGUGCAAACAAACCUGUGAAACAACAGCAUCUCCUCUCUCAGGAUUCUUAGAUGGGCUUUUGUACCUGUGGGUGGGCUUACCUAGGGGGGAUUCUUUGUCCUCAGAUCCUGUGGUGUAACGUGUUGAUAGAAAUGACCACUGCUAAACCAUUUGACAAAAAAUGAGUAAGCGAUCAGAAAGUAUAUGGUAGUGUGGAAGACUGUAAUUACUGUUGAAUAUAAAUAUGUGUGAAAACACUGAUGUAUUCUUGAAGAUGCUGUGUGUUGUACAUUUUAUUGCCUUUUUACCUUACUUUUUGUCCAUUUUGAAGGAGCAGUAUACAUCAUGAGACUGUAAUUUUAGACAGAACUUGUGUUGUGUUCUGAUUAUGUUUGGUGCUACAGUAUUUGUGUCAUCUGUCCAUAAUCAGUGCUUUCUUUUAACCCGUCAUUUAGAAUACUGGAGAUUUCUCUCAGGGCCAAGGAAAAUACAAUUCUCUUAAGUUUCCCAUACAGAUUCUCAUUCCGUCUGCAUCAAUUUAAAAUAAAAGUAGAUACAUAACCUUAAAUAAUGAUAUACUUUAGCCAGACUGGUCAGAUGAGGAUAGCUCUGAGAGCUCUGCUGAGACUAGGGACUAUGUUAGAAGACUAUGGCAGUGAGAGAUGAGGAGCUGAACGUUGUUGUUUGUUGUUGUUUCCUGCAGAUCCUGAAAGCUGAGCCAGCUGACCGUAGCUUUCUGUCUCACUGUAGCCCAUUGACCCUUCUCUAAACUUCACUUUCCUCAGUCUACUGUAGAUUUCAUCUCCGUGUACUGCUCCUCCAUUUUCUUUAGGACGUUUAGUGUUGUUUUCAGUUUUUUAUUUAUUUUAUUUUGUAUUUAUUUUUUGUAUAUUUGCCCAUUUCUACUGUAUAAAUUGUGUGUGCAAUUCCUCUUCCUUUUUUAGGUUUUAGAUGUGUAUAUGAUACAUUCUUUUGACUGUGUAGAGCAGUGGUUGUCUGCAUUGGGUCUGGUUUUUUUGUUUAGGUAGGCCCUAUCACUUAGAGACGUUUCUGAAUUUAAAAAAAAUAUUGUCAGUAUUGUUUUAUUCCCCCCAUUUUGGGUUGGAUGUGUCAACAUUUGGUUCAUACAUGCAUACAUACUAAAAAGUAAGAAGAUCCUCAGAAAAGUCUCUUUAAGACAUUUAUCUGAAUUAGUCACGUUAUCCAUUCAGUAUACAACUGUGGAGUCUGUUAUAAAACAAUGUUAAUACCAUUUUCUUGUUAAUGGGAUGGAGCUGGAUCAGUA